UUAAAACAAACUCACGUGUGUCAGUAAACACAAUGAAGUUCUCAUCUGUAAUCGAUUCCUGCAUUAGCUGUCAAAUGGUAUAAUUAAUGAGUUUUGAUGAGUUACGCUCGAUGCCACACUUUACAAAAGAUGUUCGUGGCCGAAAAAUUGUCAUUCUAAAUCAAAAAUUUAAAGAUCAACUUCUGUCAGACGAUUCCGUUUUAGAUUUUUUGCCUUUGUAAUGCGUAUUAAUUUGCGACCACUGCCACUUUACUUCUUCGUUGCAGUGUUUCACUUAAGCUGGCACAAGCCUCCUGGGUUAAACUGCACUCUUGCUGUUAAAUAAAACAAACGCUCUGAUAUAUCAUAAGUGGGUGUUAUUCCAAAACUAGUGAAGUUUUUUUAACAUUCUCUUUCACUGGUGCACAAAUCACGGUGAUUAUCGUCCUCAGCCGGAAAAAAAGAAGGAUUCUUGAGAGCUUGAUGACAUUGAAGCAUAGGGAAUGUUUUGAACAAGUGAUUCUUGACACUAGGCAAAUGCCUGAAGUGUUUCAGCCGGGAUAAGUUUAUUUUAGCGAUUUCUUCUCUUACCAUCGGAAUUUCUAUAGACUCUUGACGGGAUAUUAUCACUUCAUUAUUUCUAACGUCUGAGGCGAUUCAUGUAAUUGGAUAACAAUGUGUGACACGUGACCACAGAGCCCGUGAAACCAAAUAAAAACCUGCUGCACUUCACUUCAAGAAGACAUUGUCAACCAUACCAUGUAUAGUACACGCAACAUGACAAAAACCAUGGAUCGAUUUAACAGCACUGCUCUCGAACUUAGUUACCCCAUGAACUCGCAGAAUGCACUUGGAAAGAGUAGAACACAACUUCAGCCUUACAAUAAUGCGCAAACCAGCAACACUGGGGCUCAUCAAGUUACACCAUACCUUCGAUACGGCCAAACACAAGCUCCCGAGCAAGUACCGUUAGACUGGAUCAUCCCUGUCCUUCCAGAGAUCUCCAAUGGCUUCCAAACAGUUUCUCAGUCUUUUGUACAAGACUUGAAUUCAGCGCUACCGCCAUUUGGUGCAAGGGUUUACCCAAACAGGGGUAGGACGUCCUGCGGGGAAGAUGCACUCCACUGUUUCAAUCCCUACACAGAGGAGAGACCAAAAGGUCGUGGAAGGGAAUCUUGGUCGUCCGCUACAGUACGCUCGCGAGCAAGAACAGCAUACACGACAAGACAGCAAGUCGAGUUGGAGAAGGAGUUUCUAUUUAGCCGAUACAUAACCAGAGCACGAAGGAUAGAGCUGGCCAAGUCUUUAAAUCUAUCGGAAAAACACAUCAAGAUAUGGUUUCAGAACCGAAGAAUGAAAAUGAAAAAGAACGAGACAACAUUUGAAAGCACUAAAACAAGCCCAAAUGAAAUCCGAAGAUUGUACAGCAUGGCGGAUGAUUAACUGAAAUAACACGUUCACACACAGUUUUUAACGGUUGGAAAUUUAUGAUUUAGAUAGUGCAUUCAGUUGUCUAUAUAUACUGUAUAUUCUGAUAUCAGUUGUAUAUUGAAAAGUUGACAUUUAUUUUUGUAGGACAAAAAACAUUUCCUCACACAUGUAAAUAUUUCACCAAAUAUAACAAUAUUUCGAAACUAAUUGAAUUUACUUCAAAAUUUCAAAGCGCGUAUCUAUAAUCGAUAGGUCCAGCUUAUUCUCGCAUAAAAAUCUGUUCUUUAAAUUUUGAACAAAUAACCUCUGAAGUGCUGCCGAUCUUUUGCGUUCAACUUGUUGAGAAACGACCAACUUAACACUUCAGUUGGAUUUCCUCUCCUGCAUGGAGAGUUGUUGUUUAUAUCACGAAGGUCCGUCACAGCUAAGUUAAAAGGCUGAGAUUCAUUCAAACGGUGGAAUAUAUAUAUUCUCAAGAAUAUUAAAUCAUUAGUCCCUCAUGAUAAGUUGCUCUACGUCAAACUUAUGUCACAUAAGAAAUUUUUACCUUGAUUCAAUUAAUGGUUAAGAACGUGCAAAAGGUUUCAGUUUAUUUCGGGACGAUAGCAAUUCUCGACAGACACCUCCCAGUUAAAUGUAUUCUUGUCUUGGAACUUUAGUUACUUAAUGAAACGUGUAUCAUUUUGAAUUUAGCACUGCAACCUUCCCAAACCUCUAAUAUAAUUUUCAUCAAUUGCUGGUAUAAAAUCAACGGACACCAUUUACAUCAUUUUGUUUCACUGUGAAGUUCAGCUCAGUUCAUUUAGUCCUAUUUUCAAAGUUGUUGAAUGAAGAGUUUUCUUGAUCUUAAAGAUUUACAAAAAAGUAAUGGAUUCUAUUUUAAAUCUAAUUACAAGACCCUAUUAGUGGAAAAUAUUAACUUCCAUGUUCAAAAUUUGACCUCGCUAAAACAUGUAUUUAUUUUUUGGGGGGAAACAUUCGUUUGAUUCCAACGUAAAGACGGUCCGUUUUGAUAUACAUGGUGGUCUUUUUCCUGUCUGCCUGUCUGUCCUUCGACUCGUCUGUCAGUAAAAUCUUAUUAAAUUUAUUUCGAAAAAUAUGUCUAUGCGCGAUUAAAAUAAUAAACAGGCCUAGAGAGAAAAAAAAAAAAGCUUAUCACAACAUUCUUUUUCGUUUUACCCGACCUAUGGGGGCUGUACUUUUAAUCAGCGAAAAGAUUGCAUCUCAAACUUUGUCAACAGGCUAAAACUGUUUUCUUUUGGUGAUCACGCGAAUUUCUCAAGUUGAAUGAUAAUAAUUGCAUAAAAGAGAAAGCAGUUGGAUGAAAGAGUUAAAUAUAAACGGAUCUUUACUGAGAGUUCAUCGAUUUUCUGUCCGUGUAAAAGAAAUGCAACUUUGCCCCGGCCACUUCACGGGAAACUGGAAAAGAUAAUUUUCUUUUCAAAAUUCUGGUAUUCCAUUCCAAAGCGUUUUUGAGUGACCUGGCUAAAUAAUGGCGCCUACAGAAGAAGAUAGAUAAUUAAAUAUCAAUUAUUCGGCAACUACACCCAAAUUUGCGUCAAAGUUUAUUUCAAGAAAAAAAUUAUCAAACUCAACCUGCAUCCGGAUAUCACGUGUCAACAACAUUAGGUGGCAUUUCCGUUUACUCAAUUAGUCUUUACUUUUAAAAAUUUUUUUGCGACCAUCCUGUUACAAAGUGAUAUAUGAUGUCACGGGCGACACCUCUUUAUACCUGAUGUGGAAUGGUCAUCCGAGAUUGAAAAAAAGGGGGUAAUUCUCGAAGUGGAACAAUGGCACGAAAGUCGUCUUUGUAAUUAGAAAUCGCUCAUGAAAGACGUUUUGGUUUGACAAAAAAAAAUAUAGUGAAGACAAAGACAGCUUAACGAAGUGCCAAGGGUGUGAAAU